CAGUAUUGUCUUCAAACUAACAUUCUUUCAAAUCAAGUUUGUGUUAUGUAAUCUGUUCCAUUUGUAGGAUUUGAUGGGGUUGAGAUCCACGGAGCUCACGACUAUUUAAUCGACUAGUUUAUGAAAGAAAAAGUCAAUGAUCGAACUGACCAACAUGGAGGGUCUUUAGAGAAUCGUUGUAGAUUUGCACUGGAAAUAGUUGAAGCUAUUGUAAAUAAGAUAGGAGCUGACAGAGUUGGAACAAGGCUUUCUCCAUUUGCUGACUACAUGGAAUCGGGAGACUCAAACCCACGUGCUUUGGGCCUUUACAUGGCUGAAUCCUUAAAUAAGUAUGACAUUGCAUACUGCCACAUCGUUGAGCCUAGAAUGGAAACAAUUGGGGUAGAAGUUGAAUGCCCUGAAAGCCUUGUACCUUUGAGGAAGGCAUUUAAAUGUACUUUUUUGGUAGCUGGUGGUUACGAUAGAGGAGAUGGAAACAACACUCUGCUUGAAGACCGAGCUGAUCUUGUCGUGUAUGGGCGUCUAUUCUUAGCCAAUCUCGAUUUACCAAAUCAAUUUGAUCUAGAUGCUCCUCUCAACAAGUAUAAAAGGGAGACAUUCUACAUAUCUAAUCAUCUUGUUGGCUAUACUGACUAUCCAUUUCUAGAAACCACGGCAUGAUGCCAAGGGUUAAUAGAUACUUCUUGUCUCACAAAAGAAAUGAUCUAUUAAUAAAGAUCACUAACUUUUUCUGCAUUUGAAUUCUGUAUGUUUUCAUCAUUUUUAAUGAUAAAUAA